GUAGCGGCGCAAAGUCGAAACUUAAAUCACAUCGUCGAUGGCAGCGCCACGUAACGUCAGAAAGCCGAACCUUUCGACAGCCACUAUUGGUCGCAUCGGGGGGAGCAAGAAAGGGGAUUCGUUGAUUGAUGAAGCGGCGCGACCGCAGCGCUGCGCUAGCGUCGACGGCAAAUUCGGGCAGUUGCUGAACGUACUCCGGUUGUACGGUCGUGUGUACGCAACUCGUGCGCGUCACUAAAAAAUCACUCGACUUGUUUACGUUUUCUGUUGUCAAUUAGAAAAUUCCAAUUUCGUUUUCUUAUUAGUGCGUGAUGGACAUACCUACAGCUCGCGUUCUAACCUCGCCGCGGGUUGUUAUAAACAAUAAUUAGAUUUUGACCUUGUUUGUGCCAGGAGGUGAAUCGAGGCAGGGCAGGCGCGGAUGCUAUCGGAACAGUGCGGAGUGCUGAGUACCGUUUGUGGCAGCUUGGACAGUGAGAUGUCGACGUUGAGCAUGAGGGCGCCGAUGAUGCAGACGACGGUUUUGGAGAAGACGGCCUUACGAGUGCGUGGGGUGACGACGCUGGAUGGCGUCAGGCGAAAUCUGUUCGGUUGCUCGGAUAGAGAGGAGAACCGGCGGUUUGCCGAGCGAGAGUUGGCGAGGCAGUUGGAGCUGGACAGCCAGAGAUGGGGGUUUGACUUCGCGAAUGAGCAGCCGCUGCCAGGGCGGCAGAGGUUUGCGUGGCACCUGGUGCCGGCGUCAGCAGUGCCCGCGGCCCUGCGCCGGGCUCCCAUCACCGUCGCCACUAACUUCGCCUCGACCGCCCCCGUGUCGCCUAAACAGGAGGUGAAAGUGUCCAGUCCAGACACCAACAAGACACAGAAGAGAAUCACAGAUUUCCUGAAGCCCCGCAAGCGGUUAUCGAACAGCGCGAAGAAGUCUCCGGGAGACCAUGGGCACAAGCACGAGUGCGGGCAUGGGGCGCACAUACGCCCGCCCAAGGUGGCGCGGCUCGUGCAGGCCCACUUCAAGCGAGCGAGCUAGAAGAUAGGACCCAGGAACACUCCCUGCGGAACCCCGCCAGAAUUGAACACAACCAACGAGUAUCACGGUCCCGUCCUUCGUCUACAUAGCGGGGCAGCGACUCCUAACGCUUGUUUACUCGCAAUUUGUCUUUGUAUAAUCAUGAAACUUAUUUUAUUUUCCAUUUUGUAACCGAAAUGCUGCCAACACGGUGUCGGAAGCAUUUCGUAUAUCAUGAAUAUUGAAUAUCUCCUAAUUGUGUUUAGUUUUCGUGGUUCAAUUUUGAGCGAACGGGUUUUUGAGAGGCAAUUGUGCAAAUUUAAUGUUUAUCUUUUAACUUAUUUUGAAUGACAACAGAGCAUUCGUGUCAUGGAGCACAAUAUAAUAAUGUUAAGUAAUUUGUAAGAUAGUUUGAGACAUUAUAUAUAGGGUAUAAGAUAUAAUUAAUAUAUUAUUCUAUUGUCUGAUACGAAUGUCACCCAACAUCACAAUAAGCUGGCUGCUCAGUCGCGGUGCCCAACACUCAGAUUCUGAUCAUUCCCAUUGGUCUAAAUGCCGGGCGAAGUUUAUAGUGACAAUUUAAUUUUAAGUUGAUUAUGAUCUCUUUGACAUGUAAAGUAGGUUUAGUGCUAAGCUAUAAUUAGGUAAGAUUUUCAGGACUUUUGUGUGUUAAGGUUUUGUCGAAUUCUUUUCUUAUUAUGUCGAGUAUAUUUUCAAAUGCAACUUAUGUCACAAUCUUGUCUAAAACGCCUUUAAACUGUGUCACUUUAUAGUUGGAAAUCAAAUUUUCAUGUCACUGCAAAGUCGUUAUGUAUUCUUACUAAAUCUCUCUUGUAUUUUUCCAACGCAUUAUCCUUGCGGAUCUCGUGAAAAAUACUAAGAGAUUAUUUAGUGUUCAAUCCAGUGAAAACUCAUUUACAUUAGCAUAACAGCAAUUUAAUAAUUUAAGAUAAUUACAAAUACUCAAUUAUGAAGCUAUUUUGUUACCUUCACUGUACCAGAACUAACUGGGUGAACAGAACUUGCAGUACUUCAAGGGUCAACACUGUCUUGGGUAUUUGUGUUUCAACAGAUCUAUCCUACUCCUAUUACAAAUUUCUUAGUAUAUUUGUUUUGUUGUUGUAUUUUAAUGGAUUUAUAUCUUUAUGAUUAUAUUGAAGAUUGUUUUUUAUUGGAUUUUCUAAAGACGUUUUGCAUAUUUAUUUUAAUGUAAAUGAUUUGCAAUAUUAAAACAAUUUCUGCCGGUAUUUGUUGAAGAUUGACGCAGGGCGUCCUACUCACCGUGGCCCUUGGAAAAAGUACAAAUUAUUUUCUCGUUAAUUUUAGGUCGAAGGGCCGCGGCCUCAACUAAACUAUGUAACUCUUCAAAGCAAUCAUUUUCAUUAUUAUCAUAAUGUACGGCUUAUACUCCAAUAACAUUAACUUUGGUAGGUUUAAUAUGUUUUAUUUUGAUGUUUAGGUGAAAAUACAUUGUGUAUGUUUUAAUAUUGAUCUUUACAACCGGUGUUGUAAGUCUCUUUAUUGUCUUAUUGCCAAGAGCAUUAGCCAAAGUUUGUGUUCUGUAGACCCAAAAUGAAAGUAUUUACUUUCGGUUAAAUGAAAUUAAAAAUGAACUUCUUUAAGAAAUUGACGAAACAGUAAACGAGCUCUAAUUUAUUUAAAGAAUUUUGCUCACGGCAUAGUUCUUUAAGGUGACUGGCAAAUGUUCGUUUACUUUAUGAUUUGUUUAAAAAAAUAUGACUUUUUUCUUAAAUAUUAUGAAUUAUCUCUUGUAUGUAGGCGUGAUGUCUAUCAAACAAGAUUAUGUUUGUAUAUUGUAGUAAUGGAGAGUGGCUGUGAAGUAUCAGCCACAAUUACAAUAUGCAAAAUGGAUCUUUCUUAUUCUAGAGUUAGUAGCGUCUAAGAUUUGGCAUCAAAAUUCUUAAUGACUAAGAUCCCUUUCGUGCAUUGUAAUAACCCUGUUACAGCUUGAAUGACUGCUUUAUCUAAUGCAAGAUGCAGCUUUCAUUCGAUCUUGUACUUGAGAAAUGAGCCAUCUUCGUCUACCUGCAAACAUACUCGGUCUGACAGAUAUCACCUUAGAUUGGUUGAUUUAAUGUUGUUGUUUAAAGUAUGUUGAAACAGAUGUAGUUGUGUGCCGACCUGAAGAACGGAACAUGACCAAGUCUGAUUUUAUUAUACUAAUUCGCCAUUUUAAAGAAGUGCCCUUAAUCUGAUGUUUCCCCCAAAUGUCUGAUUAAGGACGGCUCUUUGGUAUAAUUUUAAUUACUUCUGUUUAACACCUGUGAUGUAUUAAAUAUGAUCUCAGAACAUAAUUUUACUAUAUGCAAUUGUCAUAUUUAAUAUUUUUUAAAUAGCUUUAGUUACUGUUUGUAACUAAAAAAAAACCUGUAUCCCGGAGCAAUAACUGUUGUAGAAUCCCGAAAUGAGAAAUACUUUAAUACAUCAAAAUAUUUUUUGUUAUUAUUAGUGAGCCUAUUUAAAAUUUAAGUCAACGUUUCUGUACGUACAUUGUGUCAAAUUGACUGAUAACCAUUUUAGACUUAAAAGUUGAGACACAAUAUGAUAAAAAUAGUGUUAACUGAUCGAUCUCCGGCACUGUACAUAGAAGUGCACUUUACAUAUUUAAUAGUGAGGUCAUGUACAGAGAUGCAAGUCUAAGCAAUAAGGGAUACACGAAAAAAAUACUUAUCGUAUGUAUUUAUUGUAUGUAUUCAUAAGCUACAGAGGCCAAGCUAACUAUAGUCCGUGCAAAAUAGGUGACCGAUUAAAAAACUUUCUGUUUUAAUUAAAUCUUAUAAAAAAUAUUUUAAGUUCUACUUUUUGAAAUACAUUCAAUUACUUUGUAAAUGUACAACUCCUGAAACAUUGUGUAGCGUCUGACUUCUUACACUUUAUCUAUUAUUAUGAUUACAACUCCAUAUUUUAUAUUGUAAUGUAAAAAACUUUAGUUAUUAUAUAAAAUACAGCUUAUUUGAUACAGUA